AUGACUUUCCAUCAACUUUUCAAUCUUUGGCUUCUUGCUUUUGGUUUGAUCUCUUCUUUUGCUAGUGGAGCUACUCUGUUAGAAGAUGAAGUGCAAGUUAUGAAAGACAUAGCUAAAACACUUGGGAAGAAGGAUUGGGACUUCAGUGUAGAUCCAUGCAGUGGAAAAAGUAAUUGGAUAUCAUCAGUUCAAGUGCAAGGAUUUGAAAAUGCUGUAACCUGCAAUUGCACUUUUGGCAAUGCCACUAUCUGCCAUGUUGUUGGCAUUGUUCUCCAGUCACAAAAUCUUCCGGGCACACUCCCAUGGGAACUGGUGAGGUUGCCUUACCUACAAGAUAUUGACCUCACAUGUAACUACCUUCAAGGUACAAUCCCUCCGCAAUGGGGCUCUAUGAAUCUUGUCAACAUUUCCCUUCUUGAAAACCGACUAACGGGUUCAAUCCCAAAAGAACUAGGAAACAUCACCACCCUGAAAAGUUUGAUCCUGGAGUUCAAUCAAUUAUCUGGACAGCUUCCUCCAGAGCUUGGGAAUCUUCCCCGGCUUGAAAGACUGCUUCUAACCUCCAACUAUUUUACUGGAAAUUUACCUGCAACAUUUGCUAGGCUUACUACAUUGAAUCACCUUCGACUUGGCGAUAAUCAAUUCUCUGGAACUAUACCUGAUUUCAUUCAGAGUUGGACAAGUCUUGAGAGGCUGGUGAUGCAAGCGAGUGGUUUGAGUGGCCCAAUUCCUUCUGGAAUUUCAUUUCUGAAAAACCUCACUGACUUGAGAAUUAGUGACUUGAAAGGACCAGAUUUUCAUUUUCCACAACUUAAUAACUUGACAAAUGUGGAAACACUGGUUAUGCGAAGUUGCAAUCUUAUAGGAAUGGUUCCUGAAUAUCUUGGAAGAUUGACUAAUUUAAAAUCAUUAGACCUCAGUUUUAACAAAUUAAGUGGACAGAUUCCGACCAUGGGUAGCCUAGAGGGCCCAGAGAGCAUCAGUAUGCUAUACUUAACGGGAAACCUUUUUGAUGGACCACUGCCCAAUUGGAUAGUUAGACCAGACUACACAGAUCUCUCAUAUAACAACUUGAGCAUCACACACCCAGAGCAAUUGACAUGUCAACAGGGAAGCGUGAACUUGUUUGGAUCAUCUUUGAAGGGAAAUAAUAUGGGAAUGGUUCCAUGUUUGGGGAACAUUCAGUGUCCUAAAACUUUGUACUCUCUCCGUAUAAACUGUGGUGGGAAGCUCAUAACUUCUAAUGGAAGCAUGACAUAUGAUGAUGAUUCACAAGAAGCUGGACCGUCAAAAUUCCACCUGAGUGGAUCAAACUGGGCAUUUAGCAAUACUGGCCACUUCUUUGACAGUGGCCUUGGAGACUACUACACCUGGUCCAAUAAUACAACUAAGCUUGUUAUGGACAAUGCUGAACUGUAUAUGGAUGCACGUGUUUCUCCCCUUUCUCUCACAUAUUAUGGAUUUUGCAUGGGAAAUGGAAACUACACAGUAAAUCUCCAUUUUGCAGAGAUAAUGUUCACUGAUGAUCAAACAUAUAAGAGCCUUGGAAGGCGUGUAUUUGACAUAUAUAUUCAGAGAAAGUUGGUGCUGAACGAUUUCAAUAUUGCAAAAGAAGCUGGAGGUGUUGGUAAGGCAAUCAUAAAAAAGUUCACUGCUAUGGUGACUAGUAAUACCUUGGAGAUUCGCUUUUAUUGGGCUGGGAAAGGGACAACUGCUAUCCCAUUUGCAUCAGUAUAUGGUCCUCUUAUAUCAGCUAUAUCAGUUGAUCCUGACUUUACACCCCCAGUGGGAAAUGGAAGUAGCAUACAUGUGCGGUCCAUUAUUGCAGUUGUAGUUGCUGGAGCACUUUUUAUCAUCAUGAUAUUGGGUGUAGCUUGGUGGAGAGGAUGUCUAGGACACAAAGGUUCAGUAGAAAGAGAGCUAAAGGAUUUAGAUCUGCAAACUGGUUUAUUCACCUUAAGGCAAAUCAAAGCAGCAACAAAUAACUUUGACAUUUCCAAUAAGAUUGGAGAAGGAGGCUUUGGUCCUGUUUACAAGGGCAUUUUGUUGGAUGGCACAAUAAUAGCAGUCAAGCAACUUUCAGCAAAAUCAAAGCAAGGAAACCGUGAGUUUGUAAAUGAGAUAGGCAUGAUCUCAGCUUUGCAACACCCUUGUCUUGUUAAACUUUAUGGUUGUUGUGUUGAGGGUGAUCAGUUGUUGCUGGUAUAUGAGUACAUGGAAAACAAUAGCCUUGCACGUGCUUUAUUUGGCCGUGAAGAAUCCCGUUUAAAAUUGAAUUGGCAACCAAGGCACAAGAUUUGUGUUGGUAUUGCUAGAGGUUUGGCUUUCCUGCAUGAAGAGUCAAGAUUGAAAAUUGUUCACAGGGACAUUAAGGCCACUAAUGUGUUGCUAGACAAAGACUUGAACCCAAAGAUAUCUGAUUUUGGUUUGGCCAAGCUUGAUGAGGAGGACAAUACUCACAUAAGCACCCGAAUAGCUGGGACCUAUGGAUAUAUGGCUCCUGAGUAUGCAAUGCAUGGUUAUUUGACCGAGAAAGCUGAUGUCUAUAGUUUUGGAAUUGUUGCAUUGGAAAUUGUUAGUGGAAAGAGCAACACCGUGCACCGGUCAAAGGAAGGAGCAUUGUAUAUUCUUGAUUGGGCACAUCUGUUGAAAGAGAAAGGUAACCUAAUGGAACUAGUUGAUAAAAGGUUAGGUUCAGAUAUCAAUGAAGAGGAGGCAAUGGUGAUGAUCAAAGUGGCUCUCCUAUGCACCAAUGCCACUUCAAACCUUAGGCCAACCAUGUCUUCAGUGCUAAGCAUGCUUGAAGGCAGAACAGUGGUUCCAGAAUUUGUUUCAGAUUCAAGUGAGGUAAUGGAUGAAAUGAAGUUGGAGGCAAUGAGACAGUAUUACUAUGAGAUAGAAGAAAAUACGAUAAGUGAGACACAAAAGGUUGAUAAUGGGCCAUGGACUGCUUCAUCUUCAUCAGCUGUAGACCUCUACCCAGACCACAUUGAUUCUUCUUAUUGGGAGGAAAGAAAUUGAAAGUCUGUAUAUAUUGCGCCUAUAUGUAUGUGUGAUGUCCUUUGUUCUCACAUUCUCAUUUUUUUCCCUCUUUAACCAUAAUUUGAUCGAUAUCUAUGAUAAUUGUUGGCCUCAAAAGUUUCUUCUUUACAAUUGAU